AUGAGUCUUAUCUAUCAUCUUGCACCUGCUACAAGAUGGUAUUCGUGGCCAGAAGAUAAACCUUAUUUACCAGCUGAAUAUGACAAAGAUGGUUUUAUUCAUUGUACAUCUGGUGAUGAACUUAUGAUUAAAGUAGCUAAUCAGUUUUAUAAAAAUGUUUCUGGUGAUUAUGUUUUACUUGUUAUUGAUACAAUGAAAUUACAAGAUCCAUCAUCACCUGUUAAAUGGGAAAAAGCAUCAGAAUUCGAUUCACUUUUUCCACAUAUCUAUGGUCCUAUUGAUCGUAAAGCUAUUGUUGAAGUACGAACUGUACAACGAACAGAUGAUGGAACAUUUGUUGGAUGGUCAACAUCAAAUUAA